GAAGAAGAAGAAGAAGAAGAGAAGCGAAUAACACGGCGAAUAAGUGAUCGAAAGACGAAAAGAUGUCUGCGGAGUCACGGCCGAUUGAUCCUGGCGCGUUUGCAGCAGCGCUCAAAGACCUGCCGCUAUCGUCUGUCUAUGCGAAGGUCGUGGAGCUCGAGAACUCGACAGCGCAUCUUGAACGCUCCAACAGCGAGCUGAGGACAUUCAUAGAGCAGUCAGACGGCGGAGACAAGGAGUGCGAGGAUGCCAUCACAGAAAACGAGGAGGUGAUCCGACGGAUGCGCGAGCGAAUUGGUCUCGUCAAGCUUGAGCUGGAGAGACGCGGCGAGCAGUGGCCGGAGAAACAGGCUGAACAUGAAGCUGAUGGGCCUGAAGACGGACAAGGGGCGAAUGGAACUACGAGCCAGCCGUCUAGCAAUAGUCAGCAGAAUGAUGACCCGUCAGCAAGCUCUCAGCCUGGCAUGGAGCCGGACCUGAACGGCGUGGACGACACAUCUGAGGGCGUCCAUAUCUAAGCCGGGAGCUGUAACUAUCCUACUAUUUGAUGGAAUGGCCCCUUAGAAUGCUCUAGGCGUGUUACGACGUUACGAAUUCAAUGGCAUGAAUAGUUGUGGUGAUGAUGAUGAUAUUCAAUUGAACCUAUAUCGAAGCUCUACCAAACCGCCAGCCACAGGGGAUAUGACCAGCCAGCACGCCAACAGCCAGCUACACAGGGU